CAAGAAUGCGCUUAACAAAAAUGUUUUAAAAAUGAUGUCAAAAGCUGUGGAUGCUUUGAAAUCUGAUAAGAAAGUACGAACUGUUAUAUUCCGGAGUGAAGUCCCAGGGAUAUUCUCUGCUGGUGCUGACCUUAAAGAAAGAGCAAAAAUGCACUCAAGUGAAGUUAGUUCUUUUGUCUCAAAAGCAAGAGCAACUAUUAAUGAAAUGGCUAAUUUGCCUGUACCUACCAUUGCUGCAAUAGAUGGAACUGCAUUAGGUGGUGGCCUUGAACUUGCGUUAGCCUGUGAUAUAAGAGUGGCAGCCUCUUCUGCUAAAAUGGGCCUAGUUGAAACAAAGUUGGCAAUCAUUCCAGGUGCAGGGGGAACGCAGAGAUUACCUCGCACAAUUGGAGUGUCUUUGGCAAAAGAACUAAUCUUCUCUGCACGUAUUGUAGAUGGUGAGGAAGCAAAAUCAAUAGGAUUGAUUAGCCAUGUGGUAGAACAGAAUGAAGCAGGGGAUGCUGCAUACAGAAGAGCAUUAGCUCUGGCAAAAGAAUUUUUACCUCAGGGACCAGUAGCAAUGAGAGUUGCAAAACUGGCCAUCAAUCAGGGAAUGGAGACUAUUCCAACAAAAGAUAGAAUUGAAGGUCUUCUUGCAUUUAAGGAGAAGAGACCUCCUCACUACAAGGGAGAAUAAAAGAAGCUGAUGCCUUUAAAAUACAGUGGGAUAAAAGUACUGCUGUGAGGACCAUUAAGGUGCACUUUGCAUCUUCACCUGGAAUAUCACAACCACCAAAGUAAAAGCAAAUCAUACUGAUGUUACAACAUUUUGAAUGUGUCCAUACUUGUACUGAGCCCAGAUAGAAAUGUGUGUCAGCUCAUGCUCCUUACAGUUUCUGAAGGUUGAUCUGUGUAUUGGCAAGGUCACAGGUUCAUGCAGCAUUUUUAAAAUUUCAUGUGUAUGAAACAUACCAUUCCACAAUUGAAAAAGCUCUGUAAAUUCUUUAUAUAGGCAAAACCUGUAUGUGAUGUUAAGUGUAAAUCUGCUGUAUCAUUUUAUCAAGACAAAAGCGACUAGUGAACACCAAAAAUAAGAAAUUGUACCAAAUAUGCAUUAAAAAGAUUCUGUAUACCAGUAAAAAUUAUAUUUGAGUAUUCUACCUGAAUAUGUAUGUUAUUAAUAAAGCUAAGGGAAAUGGGAAGGAUUAUUGUUUGGAAAACGUUAGGCUUUAUUUAUCUGACUUACACUAUUCUAAGUAAAAUGAAAUUAACUUUAGCAUAUAAUGGCAUCCUGUUGAUGGAGUCAACUGACGUUAUAUUUAUUUAAUUAUAUUAAAUGAAGAUAUUUUCGAGGGCAGCCUUAGAUUAUGCAUUUUUGUAUGUUAAACCUGGCUUUGUCUUGCGUUCUUCCAACAUAUUGUCUGAUCAGCACUGUCUGCUGUGAAAGAACUUUAUGUCACUUGCCCCAGUUAUUUUAAAUUUUUGAUGAUUGUAUUAAAGAUUGUUGUGCAGGGAUGCAACUAAUGCACUGUUAAAGAAACUAGAAUUCUCUUGAUCUCCUUUUGCAGAUCCUAAUAAUGUAUAUUUAUAUAAAAUGGGGAUGUUACUGAAAUGUUCUUUAUUCUGUGGCGGCCUCAGGGUUCUUUUCAUACAUUGAAAGAGAAAUUCAGUAGGUUACGAGGUGAGAAAACUGUUGUGAUUCAUACUGUAUAUUUGUUGUGGACAUGGCAUAUACAGCAAAUGCCUGGAAAUAACCUCUUAGAAAGUAUUUUUGUUAACUUGACUGGAAAAUAAACAUGGCUUAGCAGUCAGAGGCUGUCUUUCUAUAUAAAAAAAAAAUUAUUCAUGUUUGGUUACCAUUGGCUCACGAAACUUGUGCAUGCUCUGCUGUUUCUGCAACAUUAACUACGGUCACUGUCCAUAUCUAUGAUGAUAAAGCAGCUGAUCAACAUGAAAUGACAAGAACUCAUUUAAAUUCAUAUUUAGACAUAUCAUUACAUGUAAAUUGAUUAUAACUGGUAGAGCACACACUUUGUUGACUGGUAAACUCGCUGAGUCGAUCAUUUCAUGCACGAUAAUUUGCAAAUAAAGUACCGGUGCUUGUUUUGAUAGUCAUAUAAAGCCUAGAGGGUCAUUUUCUCGUGUUUUUGAAAUGCUAACAUGUCAUUUUCAUUUUUACUGAGUAGGAAAUAAUUAUGUUAAUAGGAGAAAAAAAUAUUAAGUCUAUGCUGACGGGUUUCUGUUUCAUAACUUUGAUAUACACUCUGGUUAUUGAGCUGUUGCUGUUUUUCUAAUAAGCGCUGAUUAAGUA